GACUCGCUGCAGUGAUGAAGAUGAUGAAGGUGCUACCGUGCCCUGCUGCUCUUCUUUUCCUAGUGACUGCAUUCACUGUGGAGCCAUCUCACUGUGCCAAGGUGCUGAUCAUGCCCACCAUAGUCUUUGACAGCCACUUGCGAGUCUUCAUGCGGGUGGCAGAGGCACUGACUGACCGGGGCCAUGACCCUGUGCUGCUACUCCAUGAAGGUCGGGAUGUGGAAACCUCCCUGCCCGGCUUCCGCGUGCAGAAGUACUGGGGUACCUUCAGCACAGAGAGCGCAGAUGCCUGGGUGCAGGAGAAGAUAAAGCGUGUCUUUCAAGGGAAGAUGACCUCCCUGGAGGUGUUUUCAUUUUUGGAGAAGUACCUAGAAAACUGUGACCUAGUACUGGGAAAUUCUACCCUUUUGCAGAAACUCCAGCAGGAGCACUUUGAUCUGCUUUUGGUGGACCCAAAUGAGAUGUGUGGAUUUAUCCUGGCCCACAUCCUACACAUCAAAUAUGCUGUGAUUUCCACUGGUUUCUGGUUCCCCGCAGAGAUUGGUGCCACCUCCCCCAUUGCCUAUGUCCCUGAAUUCAACUCCCUGAUGACAGACAGGAUGGGCUUUUUUGGUAGGGCUUGGAAUCUCCUAGUCUACAUAAUCACUCGCGUGGCUACAAAACUGGUCAUCCUGCCCAAGUUUGAACGUCUCAUGGAGAAGCAUAGUGUGGAGCCCAAGACAUCCAUGUUGGACCUUGUUCAUGGAACUAGUCUUUUCUUCCUCUGUAAUGAUGUGGUGUUGGACUUUCCCCGUCCAACGCUCCCCCAUGUCAUUUUCACAGGGGGGAUCCUCGCUGAGCCUGCAAAGCCCCUUCCAGUGGGUCUGCGUCUCUGGGUAGAAGCAGCAGAGGCGGGUGUCGUUGUUGUCUCCUUUGGCAUCGGGAUCCGAGCUCUUCCAAGCGAUUUGGUGGAGAAGAUGGCUGGUGCAUUUGCUCGCCUCCCGCAAAGGGUGGUGUGGAGAUAUUUUGGUCAGAAGCCAAGAAACCUGGGUGAGAAUACGCUGAUGAUGGGGUGGCUGCCCCAGAAUGACCUGCUAGGCCAUCCCAAUGUGAAAGCUUUUGUCAGCCACUGUGGGAUGAAUGGUAUAUUUGAGGCAAUUUAUCAUGGUGUGCCAGUGGUGGGAUUUCCUUUCUAUGGGGACCAGUUUGACAUCAUGACCAGAGUGCAGGCGAAGGGCAUGGGUAUCCUCAUGGACUGGAGCAGAGUAAAAGAAGAGGAGCUUUACCAGGCUGUCAUCACUGUCAUCUCUGAGCCCAGCUACAGAAAAGCAGCCCAGCACAUCUCAGCUCUGCACCUGGACAGACCAAUGCACGCUCUCAACAGGACAGUGUAUUGGCUGGAGUACAUCCUUCGUCACGAUGGGGCACCCUACCUUCGCCCGGCUGUCUACGACCUUUCCUUGUAUGAGUACUUCUGCCUGGACAUAUUGGCUCUUCUCUUGCUGUGUCUGGCUGGUAUUGGAUUUGUUCUCUACAAAUCUGUGCUGUGGUGCAGAAGGAAGGGGGCCAGCCCUGUGUAUCAGAAUGGCAAUUGCAUGAAAGGCCACUUCACAGAUGAGAAAAAACUGCAGUAGUGGCUGGUGUGUUCCAGGGCAUAUCCCAUCACUGUGAAAUGAACGGCUGCUGUGCCAAGAAAUGUAUGGCAUGCAGGCACAGAGAGAGGUGAAAGAUCCACAGGUCUGGAUGAGAAGAGAAUGGGGAGGGAGAAGUAUUGCAGAGGCCUGUGUCUACACCUCUGUG